AUGAGACUCAUCAGCACCGAGUCUCUCAUGCUUGAGAGCUUCGUCGAUGACAGAAAACGUCCUAAGUAUGCCAUACUGUCGCACGCCUGGGAUGAGGAGGAAAUCUUUUUCGCCGAUAUGCAGCAGGACGAUCUAGAGCACGUCAAGAAGGAUAAGGGAUGUGGCAAGCUCGAAGGGACUUGCCGUCAGGCACGAAAGGAUGGGUAUGAUUGGAUCUGGAUCGACUCAUGCUGUAUAGAUAAGAGCAGCAGCGCUGAGCUUUCAGAGGCCAUUAACGCCAUGGAGGCACAGAUCUGCUAUGUGUAA